AUGCAGGGGUGUAAUGUCCCUGAAGGGAGUAGUGUCUCAGUGGGAUCUGUUGUAAAUGCCAAUGCCUGGUUUGAAUUGCCUCCAAAAUGCAAGACUGUUUCGGAUUAUAAGCCGAAGAUGAAUAUCACCUUAGGUGGUUCUACGUAUACGAAGACAAUCGACUUAGAGUCACAAGAUUUCUUCAAUUUGCCAGAAUUUGGUUCUUUUGGCUCUGGAACCAAUGGCCCAGAUUCUUCUCAAGUCAACGAAUCAUUACUCCAAAACAAUGGCCAGAUAAUUCAGUCUUCUGUCGGUUACAAUGAGCAGAAGACUUUAUCAAACGUAGAAUCGAAUCAUUAUGCUGAAAUUUCAGGCGAUUACAUUACAAAAACACCGGAGAAAUCCAGUUCGGCUUCUCGAUCAACAUUCUUUUCUAGACUUGCACGUCGUUUAACGAUUCGGCGCACCGUUCCCAAAUUGAACUCUGUUUCUCCUCCUCACGGUAACGCCAAUUCUUUGAAAAGCGUCGUUGAGAGAUCUUCGCCUCAAAUUCCCACUGGUCGAAAAAUUCGGAGAUGGCUCAGCAAACAUUUGAUGCCCCCUCCUAAGAAUAGUCUGCAUAAAGCGCCUCCAAGUCAUUUUUCCACACGUGCGGCCACUCUUGAUGGUGCAGUUGAUAAGUGUGUAUCGCAACCUGCUGAUGACUUUGGCUCUGCGCCUACUCGACGGCGGGCUCUGCCCCUGAUGAACCUCUCAGGAUCUAGUCUGUGCAACUCUCAGACUGGAACAGUCAGUUUGGCAGACGAACCAUUGGAAGCAGGUAUGAAGAGUACUAAGCAGAAAGCUUUUUCGUAUGGAUCGAGAAGAUUGAACAGUAUAGGCGCCGCCGCUUCAGCUUCCGUGAAACGGGACAAUCCUGCGGCCCAAAUCUCUUCUGCCUUCAGCUCUCCGUCUGUUACAGGCAUAGGCCCACCUCCGCGCUAUCUCAACGUAUCUUUGGCAGCCUUUGGUUACACUGGGUGCAAUCGUAGGUGGGUUUCGGUGCAGACUCUGGAGCGCGGUAAAACGCCCACUGCAGAGCAAGCCUCACCUUCUGCCUUUCCGGAGGCCAAUGUAGCACCCCAUCAUAACGAGUCUACCUCUCCUGCAUCAUCCCCUCGCACCGUUGCCCGACGACCUUAUCGCUUAGAUAUCCACGAUGGUCAAAAUUUCGAGGUACUGCCCAUUUUUAUCAUUGCUCUUUUUUCUAUGCAACUAUCAACAGGGCCUGUUUAUAUGCGCAUGGAUUCAUGGAUUGACGGUGGCUUUGGCUCUAUCGAGGAGUUUUUUCAUAUCACUAGCUCACUUUGCAGGAUAGUAUUGGAUAUGUACUGUGGUGAAUACUUGGCUUCUCCUGCAGCCCAAGCUCCCGUAGUUACUCCCGCCGCAGUCACUGAGCACGCGAACUCGUCCGGAGUCGCGAUCCGUGUGAAACGCAACUGUUCAAACGUUACCUCGGUAACUACGAGUGGUGAGGGUGAUCAGUCUCAGGAUCUCAACCGCAGUCAUCACUCACACCACGAGCAUUGGAACCGCUCUUCUCUUAUUAUGCUUGCUGUUGCUCAGGCCUCGCCAAGAAGACGUCGCUUGGUGUGUGGGGAGGAAAGUACUAAUUUGGAUGUCCCUCUGCCAAAAGUGGAAGAGGUGCCUUCGAUGAAUACCACAGAUAACAGCCAGGAAGAAGAAACAGCUGCAGCGACAAUGGGUCUAGAAGAAGCAGCAUCUUCAUUUGCCCUUGUCAACGGACAUGGACUCGCAAAGAACGAGGAAGAGACGGUGACGGCGGUAGUGACCAUGAAGGAGGAGCAAAGCGAUGAAGUGAAAGACGGCCACUACUUCCUCCGUGUGGCGGAAGACACCGCACAGGAGCUCAGGAGCCGAGUCGAAAAAAUUGAACACGACCUUAGCGAACAUGAGUUUUCCGAGGAAGUGUCUGGUCAUCUGCGAACCACGGUAGGAAAGGUGAACUUGUUGCUCUCACAGAAGUUCCCACAGUUCCGUGGUCUCUGCAUGGAUAGUAUUGAGGCAGCGCGUGUCUCCGACUCCGCAGGAGAUUUUGUCACCCUUCCCAGUGAUCUUGAGGGUUUCUGGGCGAUGGUGAUGCUUCAGGUAAACGACGUGCGCUCCAUGAUUGCUGAGUGUGAUCGUCUUCGCCAGAACGAUUGGCGAAUUGGUUUGGAGCCCUCGAGUUCCAACGACCAAAACAGCUGCCUUCAAACUCCCUCAAAAACAAAGCGACGUCAAUUGAAGACAGCUGUCUCGCCUGCAACUAUGAAGUCUCGUCAGAAUAAGGAAGCGGCUGAAUUGGCGCGAUCUCAAGCUAGGGAGCGUCUUAAAGCUGCAAAGCGUCAAUACAUGCGUGCCCGUCAGGAUGAGUGUACCUCCAGCAUUAAUAAUAGCAGCAGCAGCAACAAUGUCUUUGACAAUGAGAGCUCCACCUUCCUUGUUCUGUGA